ACCCAGGUGAACCCCUCGUCUCUCGGCACCCCAGCGGGCCGUGGGCCCAUGGCGGCGUCCUCUCUGCACCCACCCUUGGGGCCGGCUGUCGGCUCCUCCCUGGGCUCCCCCGGCCAGCUGCACUCGCCCAUCAGCACCCUGAGUUCCCCCAUCAACGGCAUGGGCCCCCCCUUCUCGGUCAUCAGCUCUCCCAUGGGCCCCCACUCCCUGACAGUGCCCCCUGCACCUGCCCUGGGCUUUGGUGCAGGCAGCCCCCAGCUCAACUCGCCCAUGAACCUGGUUAGCAGCACGGAGGACAUCAAGCCCCCGCUGGGCCUCAAUGGCGUCCUCAAGGUGCCCGCGCACCCCUCGGGCAGCAUGGCGCCCUUCACCAAGCACAUCUGCGCCAUCUGUGGGGACCGCUCCUCAGGCAAGCACUACGGGGUGUACAGCUGCGAGGGCUGCAAGGGCUUCUUCAAGCGGACGGUGCGCAAGGACCUGACCUACACCUGCCGGGACAACAAGGACUGCCUCAUCGACAAGCGCCAGCGCAACCGCUGCCAGUACUGCCGCUACCAGAAGUGCCUGGCCAUGGGCAUGAAGCGGGAAGCAUUCCGGGGGGCCCGUGGGGGUGGGGGCCGAGGCCGGGAACACCAUGCUGACAAGCCCCCGUCCUCCACCAGGCGGAAGCGUUGGCCUGUGGCCUUCCUGAGCCAGCUGGGCGGCUCUGCCCGCACCCUCCCCUUGGGGUCUCAGCCCAAUGACCCUGUCACCAACAUCUGCCAGGCCGCAGACAAGCAACUCUUCACCCUGGUGGAGUGGGCCAAGCGGGUCCCGCACUUCUCCGAGCUGCCCUUGGACGACCAGGUCAUCCUGCUGCGGGCAGGCUGGAACGAACUGCUCAUCGCGUCCUUCUCCCACCGCUCCAUCACGGUGAAGGACGGCAUCCUGCUGGCCACCGGCCUCCACGUGCACCGCAACAGCGCCCACAGUGCAGGCGUGGGCGCCAUCUUUGACAGGGUGCUGACGGAGCUCGUGUCCAAAAUGAGGGACAUGCAGAUGGACAAGACGGAGCUGGGCUGCCUGCGCGCCAUCGUCCUCUUCAACCCGGACUCGAAGGGGCUCUCUAACCCGGCCGAGGUGGAGGCACUGAGGGAGAAGGUGUACGCAUCCCUGGAGGCCUAUUGUAAACACAAGUACCCUGAGCAGCCGGGCAGGUUCGCCAAGCUGCUGCUCCGCCUGCCGGCCCUGCGCUCCAUCGGCCUGAAGUGCCUGGAGCACCUCUUCUUCUUCAAGCUCAUCGGGGACACGCCCAUCGACACCUUCCUCAUGGAAAUGCUGGAGGCACCCCACCAAAUCACCUAGACCGUCCGUCUGUCCACGCCUGUCCCCUGCUCUGCUUGACCCGUGUGGCCCCCGGGACUCCCCGCCCGAUACUGUCAUUGCUCACCUCAGAUGCGCCCUCCUCCUGUCCCUCUCUCUAUACUGGUCUGUGUCCUGAGGCAGAGGCCGCCCUGUGGGGGCAGCUGCAGGGACGGCCGGGUCCAAGGCCGGAGGCCCAGGACCUGGGCUUGGCUGGCGGUGGCAGCUGGGAGCACCUUUCUCCUCUCCGCAUUAUCACAUGCCUGGCCAGCCUGGGGCGCUUUGGCACCAGGAGGGAAUGGUGGGUGGGCCAGUGUUCCCGAGGCCGAAGACCCCCAGUGUCCCCGAAGAUGAGAGGGUGCCAUCUGUGGCCAGGGUACCCCUACUGCUCACAGGGGCAGGGUGAGCAGCGCUUUCCAAAGAUAACUUGCAGCUAGCCAAGCUGAUCUUGGGGUGUGGGAUUUGGGGGCCCACCCCCGACUCCUUGGUUUUCUCUGCAUGUGUCCAUGCACUGCCUGGGGUGACCCCCCCCUUCACUUUGGGGGCCGUUAAUGCUUCCUCCAGCGCCCAGCAGCAGCUCCUGGAGGAGGUGGGGUCAGCAGGCCAGUGAGGCUUGGGGAACUGGGCCCAUCAAGCCCAGUGGCCUCACUCCUGUUGUGUGGGCACUAUCCUGGCCUCUGCUCAGGUGGAGGCCCCAGGCUGCCCUGGUCCAGCCUGUCCAGUCAGGGCCCUCUUCCACUGUGCCUGGGACUCUUGGGGGGGCUCUGAGGGCGUAUGUGAUAGUAAGUGUUUGUGGGGUGCUCUGAUGGCAAGGGGGGGCUCUGUAGGAAUGUGGCUCUGAGAGUGGGUGGAGCUGAGUGGGGGUGGGGCUUUGAUGGUGGUGGGCGCUCUAGGGGUGUGGCUCUGUGUGGGCAGAGCUGAAUGUCGGGGGGGCAGGGCUCUGAUGGUGUGAGAUGGUGAGUGUGGGGCCCUGUGGGGGAGUGGCUCUGAGUGGGUGGGGCUGAGUGCCCACUGAGUGCUCUGAUGAAGUGGGGGUUCUUUCCCAGGCCUCUUCUCUCUUUGGGGCCUGGGCACUGUUCAUGUUACAUCUCGGACCUCUGGUCAUUUGGGUGCCUGGGUAGGGCGGGGUCCGGCCCCUAGGGAGCGGUGUUCACUGCAGGGGGCGGGGGCUGCUUCUCCACCUGGCCCCAUGGUUCACCGUCUGUCUCUGCCCCAAGUUGCCUGGGGGGGCCUCCACUCAGAAGUGGGGGCAGUCAGCCUGCAAGUUUGGCAUGGGCACUUUUGGGGACCCACCCCCCUGCUCCCCAUGUCCCUCUGUGGCCACCAGCCACGUACCUUCACGGCCUUUCCCACAAGCUGUGGCCUCCUUUCAGGGCGAACUUGCUGGCCUGUGACCUGGGCUGGAGGGGCCCUGGCCCGGGUCUCAUUGGACUGGACUCUUCCGGUGUUUCCACCUGGGCUGUGGAUUGGUUACUGUCACCACUGCAGCCGUCUGUCUGUCCGUCCAGAAAGGAGGUUGGUGGGGGAAAGGCAUGCCGUUCUAGGCUAGCAGGGGGUCUCCUGAGCCGACCUCUAUACUGUCCUUACAAAUCUGGUUCAAUUACGGUGAUUUCUUUUGUAAUUAUUAUUGUUAUUAUUAUUAUUAUUAUUUGGUGGGACAAUCUUUAAUUUUCUAAAGAUAGCACUAACAUCAACCUGGUGGCCGCCACCCCGUGCCUGUUCCCUCGUGGUUCAGAUGGAAUGACCUAGGACACACAGCUGCCCCCUCCGCCAGCCCCCCAGUACAUCCUCAGUUGGUCCCCACCCCCACCGAUGUCGCCAGGUGCCUCUGUGGCGGGAGCAGAGAGGUCACCACACCCGGGGGCACGGCCAAGCUCCUGCCAUGCCCCAUCAGGAGGCUGGCCUGCGGGAGGCCACCAGACUGCAGAGGGUCCCGGGCCAGCACUGGGCGCGGCCAGCGGCCUGGGGGGCACAAGGCCUGGGCCACCUGGAGGAGGCACCCGACGCUGUCCUGGGGGGCCUCGGCAGAAGACGGCGUCCUCUGAUGUCCCCAACGCGGCCUCGCCCAGCGUGGCCCCCUGGGCAGCGGGGCGGAGUCCACGCAGAGGCCCUGCCCCUGCGCCCUUCCACGCGGGCUGCGCUGCGUGUCUGCUUACACUCGUGCGUGUAAGAAGUACCCGAAGACCCAUCCUUGGACGAAAUCCGGGUUCAAAUGACUUUCUCCAGGCGAGGGGGGGGCGCAUCGAUUUUAAGAUGCGCAAGGUGGGGGUCGCGGACCCCAGCUUUCAGCCAUGUCUUAGCGGGGACGUGGGGCGGCCGCUUCGAGGGUCACGCAACGUGGAGGGGGCUAAGAGAAGAUGUCUACAGCAUCAGGAGAGGUUAAAAGAAAUCUAUUUUUGUACAAAUGUAAUUUUAUCCCUCGUGUAUACAAGGAAGAGAUGCUGGGGGCGGGGGUGGGGGCUGGCCCUGCGGCUGCUUCGGAAGCCCUCCGGCCGGGUGCGCACCCCCCACCUGUCCGGGCAAGGCGCGCCCCCCGGGGGCGUGGGUGACGCGGCAUAAAGGCUCUCUAUGGAACACUGCA